ACUCUAUUCUAUUCUGUGGCUAAAAUUAAGUUACAUACUUUAUGCUCUGUGGAAUUAAAUUUAAAAAUAAAUAUGAUAAAAAUUUUUUAUUGUGCUAAAAGAUAAGAUUUUUGUAAAAUAAAUCGAUAUUUAAAAUGAACAUUCUCCCCAAAAAAAGAUGGCAUGUGAGAACAAGAGAGAAUAUAGCACGGGUAAGAAAGGACGAAGCGGAAGCUGCAGAAAAGGAACAACAGGAAAAAUUGCGAAUUCAGAGGGCGGAGCGCGAAGCUCGACUAAAUACGCUUAAAUUUAAAAGCAAACAGAAAUUGAAAGAUUUAGAUCUUCAGCCACAGACUUCGGAAAAGGUUACAGAGACCCAAGAACAUAUAAACUUUUUCUCAGACCUUGAGCAUGCAGUUCAGUCCACUAACACGGAGCACGAUAAAGAAGUGAAAGACAAAAAGGAAGAGUAUGAGAAAAAGAUUGGAUAUUUAACAUAUUUAGGACAAGACACUAAUGAGGCUCUUGGUAAGAAAAAUUGGUAUGAGGUUCCUCCAGAUUCAGCAAGAUCUACGCGUCCCGGAGAUAUUAAAGAUACAUAUGAAAAACUGGUUAUAAGAGAUGAAGAUGGUAAACCAAAACAUAAAAAACUAGAUGAGAAAGAUGGUGAAAUUGCUUGGAAGGCAAAACAGCGCUAUGAUCCCUUAAAUUCAUUCAAGCAAUACUGUACUAAGACAAAAAUAGACAAGGAUAUUAAAUUAAAGAGAAAGGACAAUGAAAAAAUCAUAGGAAACAUAAAGAAAAAACAUAAAUCAAAGCAUAAAAAUAAAGAUGAAUCUAAAAACAACUUGCAAAAAUUAAGGGAAGCAAGAUUAAAACGUGAACAAGAAGAAAAACACAAAACGCAAAUGUUCUUAUCAAAACUACAUGGUAACGAAGACACUCCCAAACAGGAAUCCCCUAAAAGAAUUCAACCCAAAUACAAUUCUCAAUUUAAUCCUGAACUUGCAAGGCAAAAUUAUAGAUAGACUUAUCUAUACUUCUAUAUUAUCUCUACUAAUUUUUUUUUUUUGUAUUUAUUUACCUAAUCAAUAGUAUUUUUUUGUAUUUUUUUUUUUAUUUAUUUACAUAUCAAUUAUUAUUAUAAAGAGGUAAAGUUUGUCUUUGUUUAAUCUCUGAAUCUAAUGAUCUGAUUUAAAAUUCUUUUACCUAGUGGUAAAAGAUCCUUUCUCACAGGCUUUGUAGUGAAAGCCAUGUUAUUUGUGAGCAUUAUCAACCCAUAUUUGGCUCACUGCUAAGCUCGAGUUUCCUCUCAGAAUGAGAGGGGUUAGGCCAAUAGUCAACCACCCUGGCCCAAAGCGGAUUGGCAAACUUCACACACACAGGGAAUUAAAAUUCUUUGGUAUGCAGGUUUCCUCACAAUGAUUUUCCCUCACCGUUUGAGACACAUGAUAUUUUAUACUUAAAAUGCACACAACUGAAAAGUUGGAGGUGCAUGCCCCAGACCGGAUUCGAACCAUGCCCUUCGGUAUUGGUGGCAGAGGUCAUAUCCACUGGGCUGUAUGUGAGUGUCAUAGUUUAUUUAUCCCUAUAUUUUCGCAGGUGAAGCCGCAAGGUUUCUGCUAGUGCUGCAUAAAGAUAAUUUAGAAGUUUUAUUGUUAUUACAGUUAUCACUGAUUAUUCACUAAUAAUGUUUUAGUAUAAUGUAAAUAGCAAAAAAACACAGUUUAUUUAUUUUUAA